CAUUCUCGAUUAAUUUACUAUAUCGAAUUGUUUGUCCAGCUCUUCUGAUUAUUGGCACAUGUGGAUCAAUAAUGAGCCUCCGAUGUCUUUAUCAUCAACGAUGUAAACGACAAAAUAAUAAUGUACUAUGACGAACAUCAUAACCUAAAAUAGAUAUAUAAAUAAAAAAAAAUUUUAGAUAAUAUUUCAUUUGGCUUACAUAAUUUGAUCAAAGAAUCGGUCUCCUAAGCUCUAAUGAAUAAUUCAGUUUUUAUUAUGGACAAAAGAUUCCUACAAUAACACAUACUUUAAAUAGAUUUAGUAGUAGUGUUCAUAUUAUUAUAACAGCUACAAUCUUCUUUAAAGUGUCUAUAAAUUAAUUUAUAGACGUUUACUUUACUCUUAUUUACCAUUUUUAUGUAUAUCAAUAUGUAAUUUGAAAUUAAUUUGGAAUUUAAAACAAUCAACAGUUAAAAGUACUGUUUCAAAUCAUAAACGAAGUAUUCGUGUCACAUCAUCGGUGAUUAUUAUAUCAGUGUCAUUUCUCGUACUUGUUAUACCUGUCGCUGUUUUAGAACAAUUUGAAUUUUAUUUUUCAAAAUUUAAAUAUUAUGAAUCUCUGUUAUCAAUAUCCUAUUUAUUAAUGUAUUUUAAUCACUCAAUUAGUUUUUUUCUAUUUUUAUUGGGUACACAAUUUAGACAAUCGGUUAAAAAAAUUAUUAUGACACCUAGUGUAGGUAUUGUCAUGGUUGAUACACCAUAUGGAUCAAGAAAAAAUAUCAAUGCCAUUGUGGCUAAAUUUCAAAGUUAG